UCCGUUCGCGGCGACCGGAAGUGGGGCGGGAGGGCCGGAAGUUGAAGGGAGUUUCCUGCGAGCUCGGCUUCCUCAACAUGGCAGCGCCCUUGUCAGUGGAGGUGGAGUUCGGAGGCGGCGCGGAGCUCCUGUUUGAUGGUGUAAAGAAACAUCAGGUCACCUUGCCUGGACAAGAGGAACCCUGGGACAUCCGGAACCUCCUUGUCUGGAUCAAGAAGAAUUUGCUGAAAGAGCGGCCGGAGUUGUUCAUCCAGGGAGACAGCGUGCGGCCAGGAAUCCUGGUGCUGAUUAACGACGCCGACUGGGAACUGCUGGGUGAGCUGGAUUACCAGCUUCAGGACCAGGACAGCAUCCUCUUCAUAUCCACGCUGCACGGUGGCUAAGGGUUCCUCUCUGCCUCGGUCCCCUUGGGGUGGCGAGAAGAGAACAAUCAGACAUUCCCUUGGGCCCUGCUUCCAGAUCUCCCUGUCCCCCUUGGCUGCUUUCUUCCUUGCUCUGUCCCCUGAGCUCCCUCCAGGCAGGGAAAAGAGGCCAGGUGCUAAAAAUGAGCCUUUCUCAGGCACGUGAGCAGGGAAGACAGGCGGGCAGGCGCCUGAGCCCAGCACUUCCUCUCCCAGCAGCCGAAGUGGGGGAGGGUGCCCUUGGUUUGUCAAGAGUGGAGGGGCUCUGCGCCCAGGUGACCCAGCCACCUUCCACUCCUUGUGUCUCAGCCUAAACACUGACCAUUGACAAGUCGCACCAGCUCUUGGGCUGCAGUGUCUCAGUGGGGAAGACGAAUGAACCUAAAUAGCUCGUGGGAGGCCCCUCCCUUCUCAAAGAGUACAGGAGUCUCCGCCUCAGUUUCCCCAUCUGGACAGCCAAGGGCUCUGCCUGUCCCCCACUGAUAUCAUUAUAGAACCCCAGCUGGGGUCCCCUAUUCAGUGCUGACCCCCUCCCCCCACCCAGCAGCUGCUCUUCCAACCACACCCCUCCUCCUGCUCCCCUCAUCCCCAGCCCUUGACCCUGGCUGGCCUUCCCCCCCACGGGCCACCAGAUGGGCUCCUGAGACCCUCCCCCAGCAAAAGGCUGCCUGCAGCUCAUUCUGGAGAGAGGGAGGGAGUAGGCUGACCCUUGGACUGGCAAAUAGAGGCCUGGGGGGGAGGGUCAAUGUGCCUCAGUUUCCUCCUCAACAACUGAAUAUUUAUAGUAUCUGAAAACUGGGGUGAUAUUUGAUGGCACAAAUGUGGACUUUCUCUCCCUUCCCACCUCCUGCAGGAAGCAGGAUCGGGGCAGGCAGUACCUGGUAGGCAGGAUGGUUCUCCCCUCCUCCCUCCACCCCUUCUGGAAGUCUUGGGACCUCAGUGCCUGCAACAGCUGGCCUUGGGCAAAUAAAAGACUAGGUUGUUUACUAGC